AUGACGGCAAUUCUUUUGCGAAAAUUGAUUUCGCAUGGCUCUUGGACACCAUCGAAAUCUGAGUUUCUUUUUGCGCUGUCCUGUUUGUCUCAAGAAGAGCAGUCCACGGCAAUGCGUUACGCAUUUCAACGAGAUGUUUUAAGCAGCAUGUGUGGUAAAAUUCUAACCAGGCACGUGAUAUCCGGUGUGCUGGGCAUGCCCUCGAACAUGAUUUGUAUCGAACGAACAGACAUGGGCAAACCGUUCGUUUCUAAUGCUGAUCAGAAUAUCGAUUUCAAUAUUUCUCACGGCGGUGAUCUCACAACUUUGGUUGCUGUCCAACAAGGUAGUUGCGGUGUAGACGUUAUGCGUGUUGAGCUGCCUCGUAAGUACCUUAAGUGGUAUCGGUAA